AUGUCCAUUGCUCGCACUCGGGGCUCGCAGAAGAUGGCGGAUCCGUCGGUGGGCUGGUGCGAGCGGCUGACGCCGUGCGGGCACGCGCAGCCGUGGGCGCCGGCGCCAGAGCCGGGCGCCGCCGAGCUGUUGCCCGCCGAGCCGGAUCCGGCCAUUGAGCGCCUGCUGGCGCUCUACACCGGCGGCGGCAGUGGCCGGCUAGCCGACGACGACGCCGACGCCUCCCAGUCCAGCUCCGCCUCCGAGGAGAUCCUCAGCAACCAGGACCUGACGCUGGACAAGGCUGUGAUCGCACGGGACCUGCUGGGCGAGUUCGAGCCGUCCGGCUGGGACGGCGAGGCGGAGCCGGCGCUGCUGCGGCCGGAGCGUGCGCCACCCGAGCCCAGCCCACCGCCAGCCCCACUCUGGCGCAAGCCGGUGCCGCUGGGCCGGCUGGCCGAACGCGAGGUCGAGCGGUACCAGCGCCGGCUGCGGCCGGCCGCCGACGGUGACACAGGCAGCGUGUCCGAUCAAGAGCAGGCGCUGUUCCAGCUGCAGGAGUGCGGCCACAACGUGGAGGAGGCGCUGCGACGCGUGCAGCCCGUGCAGCCGCGGCCCGCCGACCGGCUGGCGCUCUGGUCCGACGCCGAGUGUGAGCUCUUCGAGGAGGGCCUCCGCCUCUAUGGCAAAGACUUUCACGCCAUUCAGCGACAAAAGGUGCGUACCAGGUCCAGCUCGUCCGGCGGCGGUGAAGCGAGUGAUGUACCGUCGUGCGCCACGGCCGGCGGCGCCGCCUCCUCCAGCCUGCAGAUCGUGAUGGCGCCCGACCCGUGGGAGCCGGGCCGCGGGGUGUCGGUCGGCGAGCUGGAGCCGUAUGUUCCCAGCUGA